CUCCCUCUCGGCGUCCUGAACGUACCUCCAGAACUGCAGGGUCCUUCAGGUUGCCGUACAGUGACUCGUGAAUGGCCUUCUCACGGCCGAUCUCCCAACUCGUCCUUACCUGAGAAUGAACAGAGCUAGGACAGACAGCAUGCGCUUGGUCUUGGAGUCCAGCCUGCAGCGCACACACAUGGAGGGGAGGGGAUGGAGGGGUCCUCGCGAGGGAGGGGAGGCGCGUGUACGUGUCUCUGUGUGUGCACCCUCUUACUGACUUGGCGCUGCGCACCUCGUCAAGUGGGAGCUUGGUGUGCAUGAUGAGAAAGUCCCGCAGACGCCAGACCUCCCUCUCGGCCUCCUGGACGUACCUCCUGAACUGGUCCUUCAGGUUGCCGUACAGCGCCUUGUGAACGGCCUUCUCACGGCCGAUCUCCAACUCGACCUUAGCUGAGAAUUAAUCAACCAACAGAGAGAGCAUCAAAUCAACCAACAGACAUACCGUAUGUACCAACCAACCAACCGCCUGGUCGUUCGUUCCUCCCACUUAGCUUACUGAGGGCAGAGUCCUUGGCCGUCAGCUCUUCCUCCACACGCGCCAAUUGAGACUCCAACUCGUGGCGCUCACACACGGCAGCCUGCUGCAGACUCGACCAAGUGACGACCAUCCAUCCAUUCCAUUCGCCCUGCCUGGCCGCCCGCCCGACGAGUGCGCGCAUUCACUGACUGACUGACCUUCUGGUGGGCUAGGCGCUGUUCGGUCUCGAUGUGCGCCGCUCUCCGUCGGUCGGCCUCUUCACUGGCCGCCCUGACGGCAGCCUGGGCCGCCUCGAGAGCCGACAUCUUGGAUGCCUUCAACGCCUGAGGGCACAGCACAAACAAACAAACAGUCGAGAGACUCAGAUCCAUGGCUAUGGACACAGACAGACAGGCAUCUAUCUCAUCUAUGUGUAUGUUCAUGCACCGCACCGCACCCACCUUGAUGUGUUCCAGCAUCUGGGAGUACUUCUGGUUGGCAACGCGGAUGCGCUCGGCUUGGACGGACAGCAUGCGCUUGGUCUUUGAGUCCAGCCUGCAGCGCACACACAUGGAGGGGAGGGGAUGGAGGGGUCCUCGCGAGGGAGGGGAGGCGCGUGUACGUGUCUCUGUGUGUGCACGCAGUUACUGACUUGGCGAGUUCUGCCUUCUUGACUUUCAUCUCACGACCUUGUCCCACAGAAAACUGCACAGACAAAUGCACAAGCGCACAACACACAACACACCAUACAGGCAUCGGAAACGUGUGUGUUCCGUCCGAUGCGGCGGUCUCGGCGCCAAUGGUAAAGUCGAUGCCGCUGAGGAGCUCAUCAUCCGUGCUGCCUGCCUCGACCUACGCGCAGCAAUUAUAUACGAUGGAUGAGUCCAGUGCGAGUGUGUUAGCUGGUGCGUUCGACGCACCUGGUUUCGUAUAUCGUUGACGGUCUUGAGCUGGUCGCAUGCGAGAUGCAACUGCUCGUCAAGACGAUUCUCCUCCCCCAACUCAACGUGCAACGCCUGAUACACACAGAGGGUCCCUUAGGUCCUGUAUCUCAGCACAGUGGGUGUGCGCGGGGGUGUCUGUCGGGGGACGGUAGGAGGCUCAGGAGGAAGAAGACGCUCGACGGGACCAUCCUACAUAGAUGGCCCCAAGACAGACAGACAGACAGACACGAUCAAUCGGCGUAUGUAUGGUACAUACAUAUGUCCCUCCCUCCCUGUCUGUGUCUUGUCAAGUGGUGCGUGCGUGUGUGUGUGUGUUCUAUUACCACAUUGCCAUCUGGUGCGUGCAUCGGCAUCUGGGUCUCUCGGUCACGCUGACACACGGCCAGACACACACUCUCUGUGUGUCUCACAGUGUCUGUGUCGCUCCUAGAUGGAUCCAAGACAGACACGAUCAAUCGGCGCAUGUCCCUGUGUCGGCGUAUGUUCUAUUACCACUUUGCCAUGUGCGCGGCCAGACACACACUCUCUCUGUGCUUCCGUGCGUGCCAUUGUGGUGCGUGCGCUGUGUCGUCACCUGAGCAGCCAAGGGCUCUUGUGUUUGACGCUUCGGAAUCACGCUGACGAGCUGAUCGAUGUACCAGACAAACACACGGGACCAGAUCGGUUGACUUGUCGUGUGGUUGUUUGUGCGUCCAUUGCAUUGCGUACCCUCUCCAGUGCAUAGAACUGUUUUCUUGGUCGAAGUGUAUGUCUUGAGGGACCGUGAACGGAGGCCUGAAUAUCAGCAGCAGAAUGCAGAAAGACGCACAAUCGUCCGAGGUAGGUACUCGUCGUUGCAGUUGGUGAGUCUGUUUGCGAUGGAUGGCAUCUACGCGGCAAACGAACGACUCGCCACGGCCAUAUACAUACACUCACUGGCUGGCUGCGUGGCGUGUGAGUAGCUGACAUACUUGGCGCAGCUUGGCUGCCAGCCAGUGCUUCGACAGCUCCCACGGGUACCUGCCCACAAACAAACAAACAAGACACACAGCAUGGCAUUGCAUUGCAUUGCACGCAUUCCAUUCCGACAAGGGAGGUAUAGAUUCCCUCACAACAAUACCCUUUUACCUGUUGGUCGCCUUGUCAGCGGGGUUGGUUCUCAGUUAGCACGAGAAAUAUAAAAUGUAGGCGGCGAUCUGCAGAGGAGGAGACAUGGUGACAGAGGAGGAGACACAAUAUGCAUGGCUUUGUCCGACGCGUGUCGUGUCGACACAGGAGCGAGUUCUCUUACUUCGUGACUUCUUGCGCGCAGCGGCCGCUGCAGCCGCACCGGCUGCACACACAACACACACAGCACUGCCUGUGUGCUUGAUGCUGCUGUGGGUGUGGGUUUGCGUGUGGCUUACCCUCCAGCAGGCCGAAGAUUGAGUCGUCCAGGUUGACCAGGCCCCUCAGCGAGCGGCGGACUGCCGCUUCAGCUUUGAAGCUGCCGGUGUCGUUUUCUGUCUUGAGCUUUUUCUUGCCACCGCCCCCUUGGCCGCCUUUCUGCUGAUCGCCGUCCUCAUCAGACGGCUGCUGCUGGUCUCUCUUGCGCUUGGGGCGGGAUGGCGGCGUGGGCGGCUCAGGUUGGGCAGCGACGGCAGCGGCAGCAGUCACCACACGAACGCGGCGACGCGGCCUCUCUCUCACAGGGCUCGCAGCGGCCGUCUCGCCCGCGGCCUUGCUCGGCGCCAUCUCGACAUCGCCAUCUGCAUCAACACUGACAUCUCCAUUUCGGCGCCUCUUGCUGACGGGCUCGUGUGCCCACACACAAACGAGCGAAACAAGACACACAGCAGGCAGCCAGGCAGGCAGGCAGUGAAUUGCAACACGCUUUCCAUUCCGACACGGGAGGGAGGGAGGUAUAUAUAGAAUCCCUCAGUGACUGACUGACAACAAUGAAUAUCUAUAUGCCCAUUUAUUUACUUACCUCUUGGUCGUGCUGUCGGCGGCUUCUCUCUUCACUGCGUCCAGCGCCUCAGGGACUUGAACCCGCACACCGUCGCUGGCGCCACUCGCCUCAUAGCGCCGCACAAACUCUGCACACAACCACACAAGGACACACACACACACACACACACGAGUGCGUGUGGGUCAUGCAUGUCAUGGAUCGACGCCUCACCUUCUAUCUCGCACAUUACCCUGAAGUGCUCCGCCGCCCUGACACAUCAAAACAUGGGCCGGAACAGUACACGGAGAGGCGCAGACAUUCAGGGAUGAAUGACCCAAGCUCGCGUGUGUGGCGUAUUUUCACUCACAUGAGCUGCUCCCUCAGGCCAGCACAGCUGCGGCACACCUGAGGACAGCCGACCAGAAAGUAGCACACAACACAAAACACACGCGUCAAGUCAAGUCAAGUGUGUCUGUCAGGCUGGCUGGCUGAUAUUCCCUGCUUGGCUGCCUGGCUGGCUGCGUGUGUAUGUGUACCUCGGUGUGGGCGGCGGCAGUGGGACUCGUGGUUGAUGAGGCGGGGGUAGGGCGGGAUGCGCCACCUGAUUGAUGUAUGUGUACACACGUACAGUACCUUGUCUCUCUGUGUGUGUGUGUGUGUGUGUGUGGUCUCUCUGUCUCCCACCCCCACCCCCACCUCCACGCCAAACCACCGCACCGCCCGCACUCACCUCUGUCUGCUGCGCCAGGGGGAACGAUGGCCAUUGCACUCGGGAACCGGAACUUCCGAUACCCAGCUGUGACUGCAGAUACAUACCAUACACACACAUACAGACAUACACGUGUGAUUCCGUAUGCUGUGCUACUGACUGACUGACUGACUCACCAUCGGUGACGGUGAGAAAGGCGGCAUUGAUGGCGGGGUCCAGCACGCCCUCCAUCGUCACGACCAUCCUAGUGUCGUCCGCUACGCGCAGGUCGGUCAGCACGUGGCGCAGACAGCCAUCGCUGAAUCAACAACACACAAGCAUCGACAGUUGUGUUGUGUUGUGAGGUGGCCAGUCAGUUGGUCGGUCCAGCGAUCGUCGCUCUCACCCCAUCAGCUGCGCCAGAAUCGACAUCGGGAAUCUGUCGGUCGCACACACAACACAACACAACACAACACAACACAACACAGCACAAAGGAAGGGAUACAUACACCGGCAUCAGGGAGAUCAAGAAUGAGUGCACCAAGACGAGCUGACUGACUGACUGACUGACUGACUGACGCACACACAUCCGACUGGCUGGUAUGUAUCCUUACAGAGCAGUGAGCCUGGCGCUCUCCAGUGACGUCUUGAGCAAAGAUGCGAACCCAGGAUUGGCGAAGAUGCACAGACCGCUCUGUUUGUUGGUGACACACACAGACAGACAGAAAGGAAGAACAACCUUGACAGACGAACCAACGCACCAUCCAUCCCUCCCUCCCUCUGCAGUCUGCCUGCCUGAUGCGGUCAGUGGCCUGUCCUGUCUGUGCUGUCUCCCAUCCCACUCACUCACCUUGACGUCGAACACGCCGAAGCCAUCGACCUGCGUCUGCGCCAGCGUCAUGAACCCCCGCCAAAGACCCUCUAGCCCGGGAGGGAGCAGGCCACCCGACAU